GUUGACCACCACGUAUCGACCCACCGAAGGUCGCAGUGUUCUCCCGGAAGGGGCGGGGCUUCACAUCCAGCUGCUUAACUCCUAAAAGUUAAACGUCAAUCGCACACACGUGACCUCCCACGCGCCGUUUCCCCCCGGAGCAGCAGGUGCGCACGUGUACCUGACCGCACAGCGCGCAACGUCUUUUUUUUAAGUCGCGGUUCCGAGUUCUGAGGCUUUAGGAGUCGCAACCCGUCCAACAUGGAGUCGACCAGGAGACUUUCUUUUUCUUCUUCUUCCCUUCUCUUGGGCGCCGGCGCGGCGGCGGCGGCGGCUCUGGGUCUCGUCGGCCUCGGAUACAAGUACCUGUGGAAGAAGCCGGAGGAGGCCGUGCGCGUGGGAGUCGUGUCCAAGCUGCUCAUCCACCCGCUGAAGUCCGGCAAAGCCGUGUCCGUGGCGCUGGCGGAGUGCCAACCCAAAGGGCUGAAGCUCGGCGACCUGCAGGACCGUCACUGGCUGGUGGUGACCGAGGACGGCCACAUGGUGACGGCCCGACAGCAGCCCCGUCUGGUGCUGGUGUCCCUGACCUGCGAGGGAGGUCGCGUGUGCCUGAACGGGCCCGACAUGGAGGAGCUGAGAUUCCCCAUCAAACAGGCCGACAACAGAGUGACCGGCUGCAGGUUGUUUGGAGAAGACAUCCAGGGAAGAGACUGCGGCGACGAGACGUCUCGCUGGCUCACCCGCUACCUCGGGGAGGAGAACACCUUUCGCCUGGUGCACUUUGAACCCCAGAUGAAGGGCAGGAAGGCGGAGGAGAGCAAGCCUUUCCCCCCGCCGACGGAGGAGGUGGCCUACGCAGGCAUGGGACCUGUGAUGCUGCUGUCCGAGUCUUCUGUCAAGGACCUGAGCAGCAAAUUGGAGCAGGAAGUCACGGUGGAGCGAUUCCGCCCGAACAUUGUCGUCAGUGACUGUGAAGCGUUCGACGAGGACUCGUGGGAAGAGAUCCAGAUCGGCAGCGUGCGACUGCAGCGCGCAAUGUCGUGUGGACGGUGCAGCAUCAUUACCAUUAACCCAGAAACGGGUGUAUACACCAGAAAGGAGCCUCUGGAAACACUGAAGGGCUAUCGCGUGUGCAAACCGUCCGAGAGGCACAUCUACAAAUCCUCCCCGUUGUUCGGACAGCUGCACAACGUGAAGACGACGGGGAUCCUGCAGGUCGGAGAUGUGGUGUACAAGAUCAACCGUUGAUGAAACGGAGUCGGGGAGUUAAAUGCAUCCUAACAAACUUAUUAUCACGCUAUAAUCACCCAGUUGGUCCACACUAAAAUCACAUAAAUGGAUGACGUAGGAGGCCCAACAACAUUCCCACUGGUCAUUAAAUCCUGAAAAUACAUGCUUCUAUUAACAAAAGUGAUUAAACUGUCUUUAAUACAAUAAGAAAGGUCUGAAAUUAUUCCUGCAUCUCUGCUGGGCAACAACAACUUCUGGUUUGAUAAAAACAAGAAUUCUGCUGAAUCUAUUUUUGUGGAUAAACGGUUUUAUCAUUGGUACUUAAUUUCCAGGCAAACUAAGGGACAUCGGAAUGGUACCAUCUAUAAUUACCAAACAUAAAGGGAAAAUUAGGACUUGUUCUAAGUCUUGGUGUCUGCAAGAAUAAAGGAAAAUAUGCUUGGUAGAAAAAUAUCAUGGAAGAACAAAAGUAAAAAAAAUCGAAUGCAAAAAUCAAGUCUUUUUGGUCAAAAUGUCAUGGAAAAUAUUUCUUAAAAAUCCCCAAACUAUUGGCUCAAUAAAUGUCAGGAAAUAAAUUGAAAAAAAUGUUAGGUUGAGAAAUGUUUGAAUCCUUUUAAAAUAACAUGCGUUUUAUGAUUUUUAAAGGUUUUUUUCUCUUAUGUUGAUCAAUGUGAUUCAUGGUGGAGCUUUUUAUUUUAAAUGUGGCUUUAAUAAAUCAUUCUAAUCCCCG